AUGAACUCUGACACUCCCCCAUUCAACAAUAUCUUACGCUUAGAUCCCUAUUUGCCUUUUGAGGGCUGUAUCUCAAACGCACUCAAAGCACUGUCUAUACAAAAAGAUAGUUUAAUGACAUGCACAUGCUCACAAUGUCUUAAACACACCACCGCAGUAACUUUACCGUCCCAGCGCACGAAACAUGUUUCUCCACUUGAUCAGAAAAUCCAGCGCGAUAAUUUGAUACGCAAAGAAUUGGAUAUAAAAACGCGAUCAUUACCGAAAAUUUCUCAAGGACAUUCUUUUAUAUACUCUAGAAAUAAUUCACAGAAUAAAAUACAUAUACCUUCGAGCAAGCGCCGAUAUAAGCACCAUCCCAAUGUACAGGAUAAUAUCCCUCCACAAAAGCCUUCCUACGUUUGGCGUUAUGUGGAUCCCAUUAAUUUGGCAAGUCAACCCGAAAAAUGCACAGGCUCAAGAAAACACCAAUGUAUAUACUGUCCUAAAACAUUCCCAAAAAAGAAUAACCUUAUCAGACAUUUACGGGUGCACGAUCCAAACCCAUUGACAUGGAAUUGCGAGACUUGUAACAAGCCAUUUGGCUCCAAGUCCAACCUUACCAGACACACAAAGUGCAAUAAGCUCCUAUAA